AUGGGACAGGCGGUGUCCUGUCCGGCCGUGGUGCCGGUGCCGCCGGAGCCACUCCGGCCCAACAUAAUCGGCUCCUGGGCGUACGACACGGUCGGCACCCGGAUGGUGAGGAUUCUCUGCGUGGUGAUUGCCACGUUCGCCGCCGACCAGGAGAGCCUGGCCAAGGAGGUGGGCGCGUUCGGCCGCGAGUCGAUGGAGAUGAUCCAGUCGGAUCUGGAGGCGCUGCUGGAGUCUCUCACCUCGAACGGUUUUCUGACGCGGCUGACGGGCGAGGCGGAGGACGUGCCGUCGUGGAACGCCGUGCUGGACUCCGCCUGCGUGGACGGCGUGCUGCCGCGCUGGCACGACGGAGACUGGCUCUACGUCGAGUGCUUUAUGUACCGCAAGCUGUACGACAUCCUUGACUCGAGCGGUGUCAUCAGGGAUUAUGACUACUUCCACCCGGCGAAGAAGGAGAGUUUCGAGCAGUCGGUGGCGGUCGCGCGUGACCUGGCCGCCUCGCUGCUCGAGACAGUGUCCGGCGUGGCCAAGCUGUCCAAGUCGCAGCUCCGCGUGCCCUUCAUGGAGUUCCUUUUGAUCAGCCUUUGGGGCAACAAAUGCGACCUCACGAUGGGCGGCAUGUCGAUGAAAACGUCACCCCUGGCGCAGCUUUCCGAGCUGGCUAAGUACUUGCUGUCGGACCGCCACAAGGACAUAUUCGCGUAUCUGCACAAACUGCAGCAGAGCGGCAAAGUGACACGCAUCGACUUUAUCUGCGACAACGCCGGCUUCGAGCUGUUCUCCGACCUGUGCUUGGCCGACUUUCUAAGCGCCUCCGGCCUGGCGCAGCGGAUCACAUUCCACGUGAAGGCGUUCCCGUGGUUCGUCUCGGAUACCACGCGCUGGUGA